UUUCAACGCCGCAAAAAUCGCUCAAUUGGCCGCCAUGGAGUUCAUUAGCCAGUUGGUACGAUUGGCGAGCAGACGCGCCACCGGAUUCAAUCCAAUCCUGCAGAGAAAUCAGAGCAGAAACAUCCGAAAACAAUUUUUAACCGCUCGGCAGGCACACAGCACCAUGGACACCACAAUUCACUCUGCGGGCAUUGCCGAGAUCCAUAAUGUUCCGAUGAGCGUGAUCCAGAGACCCAUACCCUCCGUUCUGGACGAGAAGAAGGUGGAGUCCCUGAUGGAAACCAUUAAGGGCGAGAGCAGCGAGGACGAGGUGCCCCCCAUCGAUCUGCUGUGGAUAUCGGGCAGCGAGGGAGGCGACUACUACUUCAGCUUCGGCGGAUGCCACCGGUUCGAGGCCUACAAGCGACUACAGCGGGACACGAUCAAGGCGAAGCUGGUGAGGUCCAAUUUGAAGGACCUGUACCACUACAUGGGCUCCAGUGCGCCAAAGUACCUGGCCUGAUAUUACAUUGGUGUUGUAUUUUGUGUAACAAAUGCAUUUUUUGUUGAUUUUA